AUGAUAACGACAGCUAAGAUCGAAAACUUUGUACGGAAAAACAUCUUAUGCCGAUUCGGCCUACCAAACGCCAUCGUAACCGACAAUGGCAAGCAAUUCGACUGCUCCCGGUUCAACAUCAGCAUCUUCUUUGCAUCUCCGGCACAUCCACAAUCCAACGGACAGGUGGAAGCCAUCAACAAGAUCAUCAAGAAAACGCUGAAGAAGAAGUUGGGAGCCGCCAAGGGCAAUUGGCCUGCCAUGCUACUAGAAGCACUCUGGGCCAUCAACACCUCAUACCGAAGGUUAACUGGAGAGACACUGUUCUCCUUAGCCUUCGGUGCCGAAGCUGUAGUACCAGUGAAGCGGCUCGCCCUCAACCUGGAUCUCAUUGAUGAACACCGAUCGCAAGCACAGCUCCAGAACGCUACCUACAAACAACGAAUGGCUCGGUACUACGACUCGCACGUAAAACACCGAUCGUUCAAGGCGGGGGACUGGGUUCUGCUAAAGUGUCUCUAG